CACUCUUGCCCGAGGGGUUAGUGGCGUCGCUGAAGCUUUACUACUCUUUAGAGAGCCCACCUGGUAUUGUUUUCCAUCAACUGUUUGACAGCUUCUUCGUUUUUUUCUCUUUUCUACACACUCUCUCUCACGCUCGUAAUUGUCGUGAAAAUGGUCUGGGGUUUUGUUACUUGCGGUCCUAAUGAGGCUCUGGUCGUUUCAGGAUGCUGUCACAGAAGGCCGUUACUUGUUCCAGGUGGCCGUGCCUUCGUUUGGCCGUCGGUUCAACAAGUUCAACGAAUUUCGUUGAAUACGAUGACGCUGAAAGUCGAGAGUCCUGGAGUCUACACUAGCCAAGGAGUACCCAUCAGUGUGACUGGAAUUGCCCAGGUUAAAGUACAGGGGCAGAACGAGGAAAUGCUGCUAGCUGCGUGCGAGCAAUUCUUGGGCAAGGCCGAGCAGGAAAUUCGAAGAGUCGCAUUGGAGACUUUAGAGGGACAUCAGCGCGCUAUCAUGGGUUCAAUGACAGUCGAGGAAAUCUACAAGGACCGAAAAAAGUUCAGCCGUCAAGUAUUCGAAGUAGCCUCAUCUGAUCUGGUCAACAUGGGCAUCACAGUCGUGAGCUACACUUUGAAAGACGUUCGUGACGACAUGGGUUACCUGAAAGCGCUCGGAAUGGCCCGGACGGCGGAAGUGAAGCGAGACGCUCGCAUCGGAGAAGCGGAGGCCCGAGCCGAUUCGCAAAUUAAGGAAGCCAUUGCCGAAGAAGAGCGUCUCGCCGCUCGCCUCGUCAACGACAUUGAAAUUGCCAAAGCCCAGCGUGACUUUGAAUUGAAGAAAGCAGCUUACGACCAAGAAGUGCAAGCCAAAAAAGCCGAAGCAGAGCUGGCUUACGAAUUGCAAGCGGCCAAGACCAAACAGCGUCUUCGUGAAGAGGAAAUGCAGAUCCAGGUUGUGGAACGCACCCAACAGAUUCUGGUCCAGGAGCAAGAGAUCAUGAGGAAGGAGAAGGAACUGGACGCCAAAGUGCGUCGACCGGCCGAAGCCGAGAAAUUCAAGUUGGAGAAGCUGGCUGAAGCACACCGGCAGCGCGUCGUUCUGGAAGCAGAAGCAGAAGCGGAGGCCAUCCGCCUCAAUGGAGAAGCGCAAGCUUUCGCCAUCGAAGCCAAAGCCAAGGCGGAAGCCGAACAGAUGAGCAAGAAAGCUGCUGCGUUCAAGGAGUACCGCGAGGCGGCCAUGGUCGAUAUGCUUCUCAAUACGCUUCCUAAGAUGGCGGCUGAGGUGGCGGCUCCGAUCGCACAGGCCAAGAAAAUCACAAUGAUUUCUUCUGGCGAUGGAGAAGUAGGUGCAGCCAAGUUGACGGGCGAGGUCUUGGAAAUAAUGGCCAAGGUGCCGAAUCUUGUCAAGUCUCUCACCGGCAUCGACAUGGCUCAAUCUAUUCGAGCUGUGUAAGCCGACCCAUCGGUCCGUGGACAAAGGCAGACACCAUCAUUGUCUCUACUCAUCUUCGUCGGUAAUCUCUACCAGCCAAACUGCUAAUUAUUCCACAUUUUCCCGAGUCGCAAUCUCUUUUCUUUCUACAGAAAAAUCUCUAAAAAACAGCUUUCGAUGUUUAUUUCCCUUCUCCUCUCCGAAAACAAAAAAAUAAGAAGUCUUUUAAAUAUGCUAGCUUUAGAUCGUGUAUGUGAGCAAUAGCGGAUUUCAGUCCAAUCAUUUUCCUUUUUCGCUCCUAGUAGGCUCGAUUUAUCACGGGAAAACAUUUUUCUUUAACAAAAAAAGUAAGAAUCGCUUGCCUUUUUAAUAAUGUACUAGUCUUUGAUCAUGCGACAAUGUUCGUCUUUUUCUUUUUUCGUUCUUUUGUUAAUCCGUUCUCGUUUUGCCUCUUGUCAUUUUGGACCAUAUGGAAACCUGGAAUGGCGCUCCGUCAAGACAGAAUAUAUGUGUAUUUCACUUCCAUACUUUUCCGUGAGAGAACCCAAAGUUGCCCAGAAAAGUC